AUGCAAACGAAUUUAAAAACCAAUCCAUAUAGUUAAGCAAUUGUAAACUUUGUGAAUUUCCCAGAAAAAAUCAUGGAGAACCCUGGAAGAUUGUAUGAGUUGAUUGAGGGAUUAUGCUAAUAGAAAAUCAAUCCCGAAAUUGAAUAUGAUGGAUCAAAUUUUUGUUGCCAUUGCUAAGAAUAUUUUGUUGAAAAUAAUUACAAAAAUUUACCCUGCGGACACAAUGUUCAUUUUGAGUGUUUCAAGAAUUAUUUAAGUGAGCAACCUUUUUAUAUUGAAUCGAUUGACACAUAUUCAUGUUGCAAAGAAUCAGAAACAUGUUAGUAAGUUUUAAUCUCAGACGAGCUUUCUAAAUAUAUUUUAGGAGAAGAAGAGUAUAAUAACUUGCGAAAUUUGUACACUUUUAUUUUAAAUAGGUAUGUGAUGGAUUAAAAUGAUAACUAUGAUCUUUUUGAUCCUGAGGAUUAACAAAUUGAAAAGCAAGAGGAUCAGUAUUUAUAAAAUGAGACUGAAAAAUAAGCUGAAAACUAAUCUUAAAAUGAUUAAGUAAUAGCUAAUAAGGUAGAAUAAUAAUAACAGGUUGAGAAAUAAUAAAAUCAAAAGAGAAUUACAUUUGAUUGUUUAAUUUGCUUUAACUCUUAUGAUGUGGAAUAAGAUGGUAUUACUCUGGAUUGUGAUCACAGAUUUUGUAUUUCCUGUAUUCGAGAAUAAAUUUACAGUUCUGUGAGUAAUGGAAAGUUUAAAGAGAGUGAUUUAGUUUGCCCUCUAUGCAAUCAUUCAAUAAAUUUUUUUAUUAUAUAAAAUUGCGCUCCUGUUUGUAGUGCAAAAAUAAAUGAGCUUAGGUAUUUAAAUAGCAUUAAUUUAAGAACUUAAAAUUUUGAUUCUUCUUCUAAGUACGAAAGAUUUGUGACAUGUCCAGGUAAAGGUUGUCCAGAAUCAUAUUUUAUAUCUAUAUUUCUAGAAUUUCCAACUUGUAAAACUUGUAAACUGUAGUUUUGUGCAAAUGGUUUUACAAUAAAUAAUCCUUUUAGGUUGUGAUAAGGUUCAUUAAGGUAUGACUUGUGAAUAAUAUAAACAUAAAACUAGAACAAAAUAAGAAAAAGGUUUAGUUGAAUGUCCUAAGUGCAAAGUGUAAAUUUUCAAGGAUGGAGGAUGCAAUCAUAUCACUUGCAGAUGUAAACAUGAAUUCUGUUAUGUGUGUUCAAAACCUUAUAAACCAAAAAGAGAAUGCGAUUGCCCAUAGAUGACCACUCUUGAAAGAUUUUUUGAUAGAAUAAAAAAUAUAUAUUUUUCAAGAUGA